AAACCAACACAUUCAUCACUUUUUGAAUUUUCAUGACCUUGACUACAUGCAGCACUCCUUGGAAGGUUUCUCUCUUCCCCCUUUGGUUUUAACUAACCAUAGGCACUAGGAUCAACACCACACUUGGUCAGGAUAGGCAUCAGAAUAGCACCACAACCACUUUGUUUAAGAAAGAAACCGUACCAAAAUCAAUGCAAAGCUUUGAAAUGCUUGGUGUGUGCAUUUUGUUUCUCUCCUUGAUAACCAUGUCCUCCACGUUGGACAUGACUACUCCAACCCAAGCCGUCAUCAAAGAUGGUAAGAAUGAAAAUGAAACUCUUGUUUCAACAAAAGGAACCUUUGAAGCAGGUUUCUUCACCCCAGGAAAUUCAAACAACCGUUACCUCGGAAUUUGGUACAAAAACAUAUCUCCCAUAACAGUUGUUUGGGUAGCCAACAAAGGAGCACCACUAAAUGACUACUCUGGAGUCUUAGAAUUAGAUGGUGAUCAAGGCCUUCUUAGUAUCAAGGAUGGUACAGGAGCAACAAUAUGGUCCUCAAACGCAUCGUUGGCACAACCAAACAAACCAGUUGUGGUGCAGCUGUUGGAAUCAGGAAACAUGGUUGUGAAAGAUGGACUUAAAAACCUUGUGUGGCAAAGCUUUGAUUACCCUGAUGACACUUUACUUCCAGGAAUGAAACUUGGAAGGGACUUAAAAACGGGUCAGAAUCGCACUCUUAGAUCAUGGAAAUCCUGGGAAGAUCCUACUCCAGGUAAAUUUUCAUUUGGUGUUGAUACUCAUGGCCUUCCUCAAUUAGUUAUUACAAAUGAGGACAGUAAGAAAACAGCAUAUAGAGCAGGGUCAUGGAAUGGCCUUAGUGUCACAGGACUACCCGAAGAAAUAACUGACCAAUUCACCAAAUCCCUUUUUGUUAUGAAUCAACAAGGGGUCUUCUAUGAGAUUCAAUCCUUGAAUAGUUCAACUUUACUUAGAAGCAGAUUGAGCCCAGAUGGAUAUCAAGUACGUUUAAUAUGGUCAUAUCAGAAUAAAAAAUGGGAUAUGCAAUUCCCUGGUUCGUUUGAUGUGUGUGAGACAUAUGACUUGUGUGGUCCAAAUAAUAUUUGUUUAGUUGGACCAACUAAACAUUGUGAGUGCUUGAGAGGAUUCAAAUCCAACUUUACAGAUUCAGCUUGUGCUAGAACUACUCCUCUAGGCUGUGAUAAGGGAGACACAUUUCAGAAGUACGAGAGAAUGAAAUUGCCAGAUACAUCUUCAUCUUGGUAUGAUGAGACAGUUAGUCUUCAGGAAUGUGAGAAAUUGUGUUUGAGCAAUUGCUCUUGUACUGCAUAUGCUCAAUUGAAUAUUAGUGGCACGGGAAGUGGUUGCUUGCUUUGGUUUUUUAAUAUUGUUGACAUGAGAGCACUUUCAAAAGGUGGACAAGAUUUUUAUCUACGAGUGACUUCAGUUGCAGCAUCAGAGUUACAAGAUCACCGCUUCAAAAGGAAGAAGAUAGCAGGAAUUGCUAUUGGUUGUUCUUGUGCUAUUUUCCUCGUUGCUAUUGCAGUAUUAGGAUUGAAAUGUUGGAUUAGGGGGGAGAAAAUCAAGCACAGAGAAACAAAUUAUUGGAAGAACAAGAGUAAGAAUGGUGACAUUGAUUUACCAAUAUUUGACUUCAUGUUAAUUUCCGAUGCCACAAAUAACUUCUCAGAGAGAAACAAAUUGGGACAAGGUGGCUUUGGACCAGUGUACAAGGGCAUAUUACUAGAUGGGCAAGAGAUUGCAGUUAAGAGGCUUUCUAAAACUUCUAGACAAGGUUUGGAUGAGUUCAAAAAUGAAGUCAUGUUGAUUGCAAAACUUCAACACCGCAAUCUUGUAAAGCUUCUUGGUUGUUCCAUUCAACAAGAUGAGAAGUUGUUGAUUUAUGAAUUCAUGUCAAAUAGAAGUUUGGACUACUUUAUUUUUGAUUCAAAAAGAUGCACAUUAUUAGGUUGGGCUAAACGAUUUGAAAUUAUCCGAGGAAUUGCUCGAGGACUUCUUUAUCUUCACCAAGACUCUAGACUAAAGAUCAUUCACAGAGACCUUAAGACAAGUAAUGUUCUUCUUGAUAGUAAUAUGAACCCAAAAAUAUCAGAUUUUGGUAUGGCUAGGGCAUUUGGACUAGAUCAAGAUGAAGCAAACACAAAUAGAGUGAUGGGAACAUAUGGUUAUAUGCCUCCUGAAUAUGCUGUACAUGGAUCUUUUUCAGUCAAAUCUGAUGUCUUUAGCUUUGGUGUAAUUGUGUUGGAGAUAAUCAGUGGGAGGAAGAAUAGGGGAUUUUGUGAACCACACCAUCACCUAAAUCUUCUUGGACAUGCAUGGAAACUAUGGAUCGAGAAAAAGCCAAUGAAACUUGUGGAUGAGUCAGUGGAUGAUCCAAUUGUUCCAUCUGAAAUAUUUAGAUAUAUUCAUAUUGGUUUGUUAUGUGUACAACACAAACCAGAGGAUAGGCCAGACAUGUCUUCAGUAGUUUUAAUGUUGAAUGGUGAAAAGAUAUUGCCUGAGCCAAGUCAACCUGGGUUCUACACAGAUAAUUCAACCACCACAGAUUCUUCUUCAAGAAAUUGUGAAGCGUAUUCACUCAAUGAAAUGUCUAACACAUUGGAGGCAAGAUAAAGAAAGCUGAAAUGGUACAGAAAAUACAAAAGUUUCCUACAUCCAAUCCCAACAAGUACUACUAUAUGUGUGGAAGAAAUAGAAUUGUCCCUAAAAUCUGAUUUUUCUUAUCCAACCUAUGACUUGAAUCAAAUCCCUCUUUCUUCAAAAAUAAUUGUCAGUUCCUGAAAAUUCUUCCAAGCUAAAUUCAAGACCUCAUCCUGAACCAUGGGUUGACAGUGAAAUUUGUUGAAGGAUUUUUUUUUUUUUUUUUUUUU